CACACUCCAUUCCCACCGAAGUCCCGAAACCGUUAGGGUGGAUGUGUGGACUUAGAUAUCCACCGCCCACGCUGCUGCUCCACCCGCACCCGGCGGACUUUGAGAGCAGGACACCCACCUCUCUGCCGCCGCGUGCGCCAUGGCCCCGGGCAACGUCCUGCGCCUCUGCGUCUGCGUCUCGCUCCUGUCUCAACUUCUUGAGUCAUGCACUUAUUUGCAGUCCAUCCAGGCCCAUGUUCCAGUGAAGGUGGACCCUGGUUACAUCAUCUCUCGAGUUCCUUUGCAGAGCUGCAACCAGGAGGGACUGCGUCUGACCUCCAGUGAUCCUCGCUUCACCGUGGGCACGGAUGGUGCCAUCAUGACAGUCAAGACUACCCUUGUGACGGAGAACAAGUCAUUUUGGGUGUGGGUGGGUGAGGAAGGUGGGGAGUUCAACAGAAUUGAAGUCCAACUCACCCCUGACCCUGAGCAGGAGCGUGUGAAGGAUGCUGGUCAAGCCUCGUGGCUACCACUGCCGUCCCACAUGCAGAAGGUCCACCUCAACCCGCCUGCUCAGAAGGCCCCGUGGGACGUGGCCCACAAGCGCUCGAAGAGGAGGUGGAGCCCACUGCCAUUCAACAUCAUAGAACAAGAUGUACCUCCUUUUCCCAAGGAUGUGGAGCUGGUGGGCUCCGACUCGUCUGUGAACUACUCUGUGUACUACACCCUGCGAGGGCCCGGGAUCACCCUGCCUCCACUCAACCUCUUCUCAGUGGACCGCAGCACGGGGAUGGUGCGGGUUCACUACGCUGUUGACCGUGAGCAGUACAGUCAGUUUGUGUUUGAAGCCCAGGUGUUUGACAAGAAAACCGGGCGGGAGACAGACCGGCCACUGGACGUCACGGUGCUGGUGAAUGACAUUAAUGACAACGCUCCAACCUUCUCUGGAUCUCUGCAGUAUCGUGUACAGGAGCAAUGUGGCGCUGGUGUGCAGGUCGGGGUUGUGACUGCUGCUGACAGAGACCAGCACGGGUUGCCUCAUUCUGCCAUCAGAUACAGCCUGCUGACACAGAGGCAGCUCUUCAACAUACACCCCAGUUCUGGACUGAUCACCACCAGGUCCUCCAGUCUGGACAGAGAGGUACAAGCUGCAAUUCCUGUCAUUGUGGAGAUCCGGGACAUGGGGGGUGCACCUAAUGGCCUGUUCAGCACCGCCACGGCCACUGUCAGCCUCACCGACAUCAACGACAACCCCCCCACCUUCACACACAGCUCUUAUAAGGCCAGAAUACAGGAGAACCAAAGCAACGUGCUGGUCUUAAGGAUUCCCGUAGAUGACAAGGAUGAAGAAAAGACCAAACAUUGGAAAGCAGUGUUUGUAAUCACAGAGGGCAAUGAGAACAACACUUUCAGGAUGGAUACUGACCCUAAAACCAAUGAGGGGCUGCUUUAUGUGGUUAAGCCUUUGGAUUAUGAAGCGGGCAGGGUGGUGGUGCUGCGAGUGUCUGCCCAGAAUGAGGCUCCUCUGGCAGGAACCACAGCCUCGUGGCUGUCCGUCCCCGUGGAGCUGACUGUGGGGGAUGUGGAUGAGGGUCCAGAGUUCAGACCCCCCAACAUGGUGAUCAGGGUGAAAGAGAACAUCCCCAAUGGAACUGUGAUAGGUACCUACACUGCCCUGGACCCCGAGACCAAGAGCAGCAAGGGCCUCAAGUAUUACAGGAUGUCGGACCCUGGCUCCUGGGUGAGUGUAGCUGAGAGCACAGGAGAGCUCAGGGUGACUAACACGAUUGACUUUGAGUCCCCCCUGGUCACCAACGCCAUGUACAACAUCACCGUCAAGGCUGUGGAUUUAAGUUCAAAGUCCGGCCUUGGGACUGUAACACUGCAGAUCGAGGAUGUGAAUGACAACGUGCCAGUGAUCCCACCUGGAGUGCUUGUUCUGUGUGCGGAAGAGGGGAAACUGGGAUAUGUUACUGUUCCCGCUCAGGAUCCUGACCUUUCACCGUACUCCGACCCCUUCAACUUCCAGGUCCUGGGGAGCGACUGGAGGAUAAGAGAGGCCACAAACACAUCGGUGGUGUUGGAGCAGACGGAGAACAUGCCCCGGGGGAUGUAUGAAGUGCCCAUACACAUCACCGACCUGCAGAAUAAUGGCGGUGUCCAGGUGGUGAGCGUGAAGGUGUGUCGGUGCCUCGGGGGAGAGUGUGUCGCCGAGUCCAGCUCCAUCAGCCUCGGGGUGUGGGGCGUUCUCGCCAUGCUGCUGGCCGUGGCCCUACUGCUGCUGUUCUGCAUCGUUUUUGUGAUAGCCUGCACCACUAAAGAAGAGAAGAUGUACAGCUUAGAUGAUGCCAGCGGAGGGGUACUGCUCAAGUCCAACACCGAGGCACCAGGGGAGGAAGUGAAAUCGGCCGAUCUGUUCAUGAUUCCCACCUCUGGUGGCAUGGGCACCAUAGAUGGCUCUGUGAAGGUGGCUGGGUCGCUGGGUCAGAGGGAGAAACCAUCACCAGGCCUGCCUCCAAUCAGCCAGCAGACGAUGGGCCAACAGACCAUGUCUGAGACCAACAGACAUGACUUCAUGAUGACCAGGGGCGAGAGCAGCUUCUACACCUCUGGGCUUCAUGGUGGCACCAACUACUCUGACUCGGGCUUCUACAGGCAGAAGCACCUGGAUGCUCUGCACAUGUGGGACACCAACAGACUGUAUCUGGACAAGAAGAUGGAGUAUUUUGGUGGCGAAUCAACGGAACAUUAUGCAAAUGAUAUCCCCCACGUGUAUGGGUAUGAGGGUGAGGGCUCAGCUGCUGGUUCGGUGGGCUGCUGCAGUGACCUGGGUGACCUGGAGAGCCUGGACUUCCUAGAUUCACUGGGGUCAAAGUUCAAAACACUGGCCAGCAUCUGCAUGGACAGAGAAGGGCAGGACUGAAUGAUCAGAUUAUCUGAUUUGAGGUUGGAUGAAGUGCUGAACAAGAUGUGAUCUGGAGCGAAGGACAGACUACGUCUUGUGAACAACGCUGAAAAAAAAUCAAACAGGAUUUCACACCCUGUGCCGUUAAUUGGCCCAAGAAUGAUUCUUUCCAUGCUGAACUUUUUUUUGUUGUUUGUGUACAUGUUUAAAUCUGUUCACUACUGAUAUCCCAGCCAUUCAAACCAUCCAGAAUAUCCAUUAAAAGAAGGACAAACCUGAUCAGUCCUAGCCCCUGAAAUAGCUGUGCAGAUCCCAGUGUGGACUCAAAGUGUGUUUCAUACACUCCUGAUGUAGGGCAGAGGCUGUGCAGGUGCCCCGUCUGCCCUCGCUCUUUCUCACAGGGCUGUUAAGGCCUUCAGAUAGCACACACAUACACACUACACACACACAUAGACUGGCUGUAAGAUGACUUCAGUCUGCAGCAUGCAGUCUGCAUUGUGCAGUCUGCAGCAUGCAGUAGCAGCAUGCAGUCUGCAGCAUGCAGUAGCAGCAUCAAGUACUAAAGCCGUUGUAUUUAACACUGCUCUGCUAAACCAACCAACACAUUUUUCAUUGGCAAAGACAUUUCUUCUAAUAGAAAGUAAUCUGACAAGUAUUGUUUAACCUCUUUUCUUACUCAUCAGUGUUAUUUCUGGAUAUGUGGAAGUCGCUAUGCUACAGCGCUGACAGAUCAUUGUGUUAGGCAUUAACAGCGGAGCGCAUGAAUAUUAUUUCAACAGUUUUUGUGUCCAAAAUGUUUUUCUUUCAUUUUCAUUACUGGAAACAAGAGGUCAUACAUUAUCAGUCAAGUGUGGAUUUCAUUACUGGAAACAAGAGGUCAUACAUUACACUGGUCUACAAAAAUAUAGUUUUUUCUUCUUGCAUGGACUUUGGAAACUGUUUUUGGCUAAUUUUGGGCUGCUGAAUCCAAAUCUGAGCUCAGAUUUGCUCUAUCACAUCAAGUUUUCAUGCUAUCUGUAUGCUCCUUAUUCAGGAUUUUACAAAAGUUGACCAUCUAGUCUGGCAAUCUUGGUGGGGAUAAAAAUAACCCCUAUUCAUUUCCUAAGUAAUUUCGUGCUAAGCUGAGUGUUUAUUUAUUCAUUGUAAUCAUUUUUGCAUCUAUCGAUCUUCUAAUGCAGCAGUGGUUUUUAUCUUCCGAGUGUAAAACUGCCCUUUUCUCAAAAAUAAUUUUUCAUAGUUCGAAAACCUGAUGUGAUAGGCAAAAACUAAUGCCAGAUUUGGAUUCAGCACCCAAAAGUUAGCUAGAAUCCGUUGAAAAACCCCAUGCAAGAAAAAUUGUGUUGACCAGUGUUAUCAAUGAAGUGUGGAUUUCAUUACUGGAAACAAGUGGUCAUACAUUAUCAGCAGCCAAGUGAAGUGUCUGUAAACCAGUUUAAAUGUAAAACGAUACAGUGAGAUAAUUUGACUUUAAAUGUGAUAAGAUGCAUUUGAUAUUUCAGAAUACUAGGAAGAUGUUUAAACUAGGGCUGCACAAUAACAAUAUAUCGAAAAUUUACCUUCAUCGCGAUAUCAAAAUGCGCGGUAUACGUAUCGCAAAAUACUGCUUGAACUGUGGUAAAUGGUAUAUGCACGUGCCAUGCAUGCCCACUCUGCAUACUACUAGGAGUUUGUGUUGACUUUAGUGCCCCCUUCUGGAAAAUGCGGUAGUGUCACUUGGCCAAUUCCGCCUCAGUAAUAACAAAAUAUAAUGUAAAAAAUAAAAUUCUAACAUCAGUUACUCGCUCUGCAAAACUGGCAAGCCGUCAGUUUUAAAUUGAGACUGUUACGUCAUCAGGUAUAGUAUAAACUCCUACUAGCUGCUAUAUUUAAAUAGGCCCAGAUGUUGUGUUAAAGUGACGAAGAAACUGAGUUGCCAUGCAACCAAGGUGGUGGUAUUUGUUCAUUGUCAGUAUAGCGGCUGUAGCCAGGUGCAUUUUUAUUUUCAAUAAAACCAGGUUGCUGGAAUGGAAAUAAUGCAUUUCAUGUGUUUAUUCGGUGUGCACAGGCUGUCCAUGGUCUGGGGUCUGUGUUAGCUGCAAACCUUAAGCAGAAAGCUGUUAAAACUGUAUUACGCACGUCAUAUAGCCAUCGCAAUAUUCAACAACGUUAUUGCAUAUCGCAUGUUUUCCUGAUAACGUGCAGCCCUAGUUUAAACUGUCUGCAGCAGCGGUGCAUACAUGGCAUGUCAGAGUGAUGUCUGCCCCGAGGCGUUCCUUACCAUGUCAGGACCUUACCAUGUCAGGACCUUACCAUGUCAGGGACCUUACCAUGUGAGGACCUUACCAUGUGAGGCCCUUACCAUGUCAGGGACCUUAACAUGUGAGGACCUUACCAUGUCAGGGACCUUACCAUGUGAGAACCUUACCAUGUCAGGGACCUUACCAUGUCAGGGACCUUACCAUGUGAGGACCUUACCAUGUCAGGGACCUUACCAUGUCAUGGACCUUACCACGUGAGGACCUUACCAUGUCAGGGACCUUACCAUGCGAGGACCUUACCAUGUCAGGGACCUUACCAUGUGAGGACCUU